AAAAAACUAUUCUCUUACAACAUUCCAACAAAAGAAGAACCUGAAACAAGGUGGCCCACCAACUCAACCACUACCUUCACCUCCUCCUCCACCAGUCAUCGGACAAGAGAGGAUACCAACUUAUGCCCUAGAUUUAACACCAGUGUCUUUUUGAGACAAGAUCUACACUAAACAUUUUCACUUACAUAUACAGUUUGUCUAUGUGUGUGUAUAUAUAAACCUUCUUUAGUUCGCCAAGUGAGAAAGAGAAAAGAGUUGUAAGGAUGGGAAGAGGGAAAGUGGAGUUGAAGAGGAUAGAUAACAAGAUCAACAGGCAAGUAACUUUUGCAAAAAGAAGGAAUGGUCUGCUUAAGAAAGCUUAUGAGCUUUCUGUCCUUUGUGAUGCUGAGAUUGCUCUUCUCAUUUUCUCUAACCGUGGCAAGCUGUACGAGUUCUGCAGCAGUCCUAGUGGUAUGACCAAGACGGUUGAGAAGUAUAGAAAACAUAGUUAUGCAACAAUGGAUCCAAAUCAAUCAGCUAAAGACUUGCAGGAGAAGUACCAGGACUACUUGAAGCUCAAAUCAAGAGUUGAAAUCCUUCAACAGUCACAAAGGCAUUUGCUAGGUGAGGAGAUAGCUGGGAUGGGAGUGAAUGAGCUUGAGCGGCUAGAACAUCAAGUCGAUGCAUCACUAAAGCAGAUAAGGUCAAGAAAGGCCCGAUCCAUGCUUGAUCAACUAUCAGACCUCAAAACAAAGGAGGAAAUGUUAUUGGAGACCAACAGAGAUCUUAGGAGAAAGCUGGAGGAAAGCGAUGCAGCCCUUACUCAAUCCAUAUGGGGAGAUUUUUCUGCUGCAGAGCAUUCCCAUCAACAACAACAUCAAUAUCACCAGCAACAACAAGGCAUGAGCUCUUAUCAAACAAACCCUCCGAGUCAAGAAGCUGGUUUCUUCAGGCCCUUACAGGGAAAUGUAGCAAUGCAGAUGAGUAACUACAAUCCUGGUGUGACAAAUGCAAGCAACUCAGCAACAACAUCACAGAAUGUUAUUAAUGGAUUCUUCCCUGGAUGGAUGGUCUGAAAUAAUGAUACAUAUAUAUAUGUAUACAUAUGUGUGUUUUAUAGAUCAGAGAUCAUUUCUUUUUGUCAUUUGGUUUUUGCAAGAGAAACAUAGUUCAUGAUUUACAAAGUCAGUUAUAUAUAAUCAAAGGCUGUAUGGUCACACUCCAGAUUAUUAUAACAAUAUUUUGAGCUUUCAAAUACAAAAAUAU